AUGGCUGGCCCAGGGCGCUGCAGACCUCCACCGGAGUCGACUAACCCGGACGCGCGAGGAAGGCACCUCAACAACAUCGACCGUGCACUCGCCGUCGCCAACGCGUCCACCAUGGCUCAGAAGAGGGCUUCUAGCGGGUCCCUCCCGCCCGCGAAGAAGAGUGAGCUCGCACGUCUUUGUCAUCAGCUGAUUCCAGUCCACUCGUUCUUCACACAGAACGGCGCCAACGGCUCGACGGACAUGGCGAACGGAUCAUAUCAGAAGGCGCCCCCCUCCCUGCUGCACUACCAGCACCUCGACCCGCUGAAGGAGGCGAAGGAGAAGAAGGAAAAGGUGUCUCUUGUUCUUUAUGACCUCGACGGCACCCUGAUCAAGCCGCGCAACAAUGGUCGUUUCCCUAAGAACAGGGAGGACUGGACUUGGUGGCACACCUCGGUGCCCGCGCGUCUGAAGGAGGAAGCGGAGGCGGGCAAGCACAUCAUCAUUCUGUCCAACCAGGGCGUUACCGAUAAGAAACUUGUCGAGUGGAAGGCCAAGAUUCCCCUCAUCGCUGCAAGGCUUCCCAAUGUUCCUUUCCGCGUACUCGCUGCAACAAAACGGGACGUCUACCGCAAACCGCGCACCGGCAUGUACGAUUACGUCGUAGACCUGUACCGCGAACAGGGCAUUGAAAUUGGUUGCGUACCCGAACCCGCCGGUAUCGUUUCUGCCCAACCUCGAGGACUGUGGGUGCUGAGUGGCUCUUUCAAGCUGACGCCAGUGCCCCUCGUGACGCCCGCAAACAAGCCGAUCACGAGCGACAAGAAGGAGCUGAUCGUGUUUGUCGGGCCACCGGCCUCGGGUAAGACGUCGUUCUACCGGCGGUACUUUCCCAAGUACGAGCACGUGAACCAGGACAAGCUGGGCAACCGCGACCGCUGUAUGAAGGCGGCGCGCGAGGCUCUGCAGGCGGGCCGCUCCGUCGUCGUGGACAACACGAACCGCGACCGCAAGACUCGCAAGCUCUACGUCGACCUGGCCAAGGAGCAGGGCGUGCCGGCGAGCGCCGAGCUCGCGCACCACAACAAUGCGUACCGCGCAUUCUACGGGCCAGACGACGAGCCGAAGCGCGACAUCCUGCCCGGACUCGCGAUCAACAGCUUUGGGUCCGCGUACGAGGCGCCCGAUGCGACAGAGGGCUUCAAGGAGAUCCGCACAGUCAACUUUGUCUGGGAGGGGACGGAGGAGCAGAAGAAGAAGUGGAUGAGGUACAUGGACUGA